AAAGCUUUUAGAAGACCAGCAUUUACACUUCUCCACCCUAAAAAAGCAUAUACUGAGAUUUUUCGUCUUCCACUCUCUGCCAAACUGGAAAAACCCGAAGCAGCACCCUGAUCUGAGAUGUGCGCUUGGACCUCAGCUGAUCAUCACACUUGCACUCUAUCUGACAGCAGAAGCAGCGUAACAGUCUACAGCUGAAGAGAGGUUAAGCCCUGUGAGUGAGAUCCAAUUCCUACAGUUCCAGAAAUUUGAGACGUCUUUCUGAGGAGAAGAAGAUACUUCUUUCUGUCUACCAAUCAGUUCAUGCACCUAUUGAGCUUGUAAAGAUGGGAAAUGAACAGGGAACACCCGUGUGUGAUUGGGAUAGUACUCCCGAUGCCCUGUGGCCCAAUUGGAUGGCUGACAUCUCUGACAGCAAGUCUGUGGCUGAGCUCUCAAUUCCUGGGACACAUAACACCAUGGCUUUCUAUGGAGGCGCCUUGGUUGAAUGUCAGAGAUGGCCUCUCUCUCAGCAAUAUAAGGCUGGCAUACGAUUCGUUGACAUUCGAUGCCGACAUAUUGAAAACAAUCUCACCAUCCACCAUGAUGUAGUUUAUCAGCAAGCAAUUCUGGGGGAUGUUUUUCGAGACACCAUUGCGUUCCUGAAAGAAAACACAGGAGAAGCGAUUCUCAUGCGCAUAAAAAAAGAAUACGAUGAAACAGGCUGCACUCAACCUUUUGACAAAACUCUGAAAAACAAAAUUGAGGCAUAUGGCCAAUCAAAUUUCUGGGUGAAAAACCAAAUCCCAACCCUUGGUGAAGCACGUGGAAAGAUAGUUAUUAUAGAAAACUAUCCCUGUGCUUCUGUUGGCAUUAACUAUUGGUCAUUAGAUAUUGCAGAUGAUUACCAUGUUCCAACAAUUUUUCACACCCCACAGAAGUGGUCAGGAGUGAAGGACCACCUAGAAAAGGCAAGGUAUGGCAGUUGCUCACAGAUCUUUCUGACCUUUGCUUCAGGGUCAAGUGGUGGGGCAUACCCUAAUGCUGUUGCUGAUAGAGUCAAUCCUGAGCUUUACUACUACUUAAAUGGAUUUGGAGACCAAACAAUUCGUUGGGGAAUCAUAGUCAUGGACUUCCCAGCUUCGAUACUUGUCCACAAGAUAAUUCAAAGCAAUAAAUAACUAUUAGAACAAAGAAGUGCAAAAGUAAUAAAGGGGUCACUGCUGUCUGAUCCCCCUGUUUGGUUUUAUGCUUUGCUCUAGAUUUUUUAGACAAUACAGUUGAAAAUGCUGCAAUACAGAAGUAAAGGCUUGUAAAUCUGAGUUGAACUAUCUAUCUGAUUUAGUUCUGGCUAUGUUAACAUAGAUAAAGUAAAAAAGCACCCAAUAUCUACUUAAUAAUUAUUCGUAAUAAGUGUUCUUAAUAACAAGAUUGCAUCUGAAGAAAAUAUAUCUUUUAAUAGAAAACCUUCUGAAACAGCAUUGUUCAUACAAAAUUGACCGUUCCUUGUGUAUGCACUUUGUGUUUGUUAGAGCCAUUUUAUUGGUAUUGUUUUUGCAAUUAAAGAUUAAAGACAGCUGUUGCAUUCA